AUGGCUGAUGACACUACAUCUGAAAGACCAGCGUGUAGUUUUUUCAACAAAAGAAGUCGACAGCAAACAAGACGGAGGAAACACAGCGAAUCUAGCAGUGACAGUGAUGAUGGAACUGUGGUCAAGAAAAGGGAAAAGAAAACGUUCAUUAAGAAUCCAAUGAUGCAAUCAACGGGGAGGUUGAAAGCUAAUCAAGACCACCAAUACAGCAGCGACAGUGACGAGGACAAGAUAUCAGUCAGUUACAAGUCGUCGCGUUCAGGGAAACGAGAAGGGCCAACAGACAUGGGGGCAACUUCCAUCGUGGAGAUAGACACAGCUAAAGAACAGGAUGCUCAGGCAAUAUUUGAAAAAUCUCAACAGAUCAACAAGGAAGGUAAGGGAAAGGAGGAUGAUAAGGUGUACAAAGGCUUAAACAACUACCAGGUGUUUUAUGAGAAGCGUGACACAGCUCAGGGCAACGCCUCCAGUGGGAUGGUCAGAAAAGGACCAAUCCGUGCUCCAGCAAACCUUCGUGCCACAGUAAGAUGGGAUUACCAACCUGACAUCUGUAAAGACUAUAAAGAAACAGGAUUUUGUGGAUUUGGGGAUUCAUGCAAGUUUUUUCAUGACAGAGGUGAUUAUAAACAUGGCUGGCAGCUUGAGCGCGAAAUGGAAGAAGGGAGAUAUGGAAAAAAUGAUGAGGGGAAUUAUGAGAUAAGUAGUGAUGAAGACGACCUGCCAUUCAAAUGUUUCAUUUGUCGAGAAUUCUUCAAAGACCCUAUAGUAACAAAAUGUAAACACUACUUCUGUGAAAAAUGUGCACUCAGCCAGUACAGGAAGUCCAAGAGAUGUUUUGUAUGUGGAGAACAGACCAUGGGAGUGUUUAAUCCAGCUAAAGAUUUAAUUGCUAAAAUGAAAAAAGGAAAUAUGCAGAAGGACAACGUUGAUACCAGGGACCAGAGCGGAGGAGGAAGUGAUGAUAGUGACUGAAAUGUGGCACAUAGGAAUGUCAAGUAGAGAGUGAUUGUGAAGAGCUUGUGAUGACUUAGUGAAACAUAUAAGUGGGUAGAGUGAAUCUGUAACUAUAUACUGUGACCAGUACUAGAAAAUGAUGACAGACAUAAGCAUGGGCAUAUACACAGGAAUCUAUUAAGGAAUGUCAUUGCUCUGUAGUGAUGGAAACCUGACAUGUCUUCAUAUUCUGGAGAAGUUUUAUCAACUGUUAUUAAAGACUAUAUCAAACCGAUCCUGUGUGUACUGGUACUGUUGACUUGUCAGUCAUAUCUUAUGUUAAAAGUAAAAACAGUCAUACGUUCAUCAAGAAUGUAGAAAUAUCGCAGCAAGAAAGUCGUAUGUUUAUAAAAGUUGAAACACCGAACAUUUCAAUAAUGAAGUUUAUGUAUGUUGAUUUACCAAAUAUCAUAACAUUUAUUGUAAAGGUUGAAAUAAAAAAUAUCACAACAACAUCGAAUUACUUUUAUGACAUUUAAAAUGAUAAAAAACCACAACAAUAAAUUCAUAUGCCUACA